UGCCUGCUGGGAAAGAGGCAAAGCUUUGCAGUAGCUCACGAUGGUGGAAGCCUGGUAUAUGGAUGAGUCCCAGGAGGAUCAGCGGAGAGCGCACCGCCGGCAGCCCAACGAGCCUGUCAGCCUGCAGCUGCUGAGUCAGCUCGGCGUCUUCUACUCGAAAUUGGAUGCAGACAACUAUGAGACUGAUCCAGAGCUGGCAAAGAUUCGGAAGGAGAAGAAUUACUCUUGGAUGGAUAUUAUAACAAUACAUAAAGAUAAGCUGCCAAAUUACGAGGAGAAGAUAAAAAUAUUUUAUGAAGAGCACUUACACCUGGAUGAUGAGAUUCGCUACAUCCUGGAAGGAAGUGGGUAUUUUGACGUCCGUGAUAAAGACGACAAAUGGAUCCGGAUUGCCAUGGAAAAGGGAGACAUGAUCACGCUUCCCGCUGGCAUCUAUCACCGAUUUACCCUGGAUGAAUCUAAUUAUGUGAAGGCAAUGAGGCUGUUUGUUGGAGAACCUGUGUGGACGGCUUACAACAGACCUGCUGACCACUUUCCUGCUCGAGCACAGUACCAACAGUCUUUGGCACAAGCAGUACAAUAAACUGCUGGGAAGGUACAUGGAACAUCCUGCAACUUCUGGAAAAUAGAAAGGGCAAAACAGCUUUCUUAACACCAUGUGCUAUUAAAUGAAUCUUCGGUUUCCUGUACUUCUCAUAUCGGGAAAAUGAAAAGGGAGUUCUGAGCUGUUCUUCCUGAAUCAAUGUUUUUGUUGUUUCCCUAUGCAUUUUGCUGAAUGUUCAAUUAUAUCAGGGGUUGGUGUAGUGUAGCUUUCCCCAACCUGGUGCCCUCCAAGUAUGUUGGACUUCAGUGCCCAUCAGUCCCGGGCAUCGUGGCCAAUAGUCAGAAGUGGUGGGAGCUGCCGACCAACCAGAUUAGAGAAGGUCGAUUUGGUUCAGUAAAAAUGCUGGUCAUUCUCUGUUGUGGUUUUCAGCACUCUGCUUUCCAAUAUAAUGAAGAUUUAUACUUUUGAAAAUAAAAAUGAACGUUUCAGGCGAUUUUUAAAUACUUCGGGUUGUAUCUGUUGCAGCGUUUGUACGAGAGGAUGGGAAUUCUCCUUGCACAAACUUCCUUCUCCUUGCACAAACAUCCUUGCACGAGUGCUGCACUGGAUACAAUCUUCUGGGCAGAAACGAUUAAUAUUAGUAUCUUAGUGGUGGGCAAAUCAGGUUCUUAUUACAAGGAUCAUUUCUGUAAUUUGCAGAUAUUGUCUCAGAAUAUUAAGCCUUCCUUUCCCCACUGCUAAUCAUUGUUACCGGAUUCGUUGCACAUAGAAUAUUUCCUGCCUUAUCUAGUAUCAUUGUUGAUUUGAUAUUGCUGUGAUUUUUAAUUUUAAUACAUUAAUAAAACAAUGCUAUAUCUUUUAA